AUGGCUGUGACCAAAACCAGCGCAGACCUGACUGUUCCCAAGCAUGCAUGGGACUCUCACAUCCAUAUCAUCGAGCCUGACAAGUUUCCGCUUGAGCCGGAUAGAGAUUACACCCCAAAGACAGCAAGCCGCCAGCAGGCCGCUGCCUUUGAAUCCUCUAUUGGCGUCGAACACGCCGUAGUCGUUCUUCCCAGUGUCUACGGGUCAAACAAUACUAUCCUCCUCGACGCGCUCCGUUACUUCAACGGCUCCUACCGAGGCGUAUGUGUUCUUGACGAUACACUAGCAGAGACCGACAACAAGACCCUCCAGACAUUCCACGAUGCCGGUGUUCGCGGAAUCCGCCUGAACUAUGGGAACUCUGGCACGGACGCCGAGAUCACCGCCGCCGUAAUCCAAGCAGCUGCUAUCGCGCGUAUCCACGACUGGGUUGUGCAGCUGUGGGUUCCCAUCCGCGCAUUCAAAGCUCUGCGCGACAUUAUACCUACUCUCGGAAUUCGUGUAGCUGCUGACCACUACGCCCAUGCUACCGUCGGCUCGCGCACAAACGACACCCGCAACACAAUUGACCCCUUCACAAUCGAGGGAUUCCGAGAGGUCAUCGAGCUAAUGCAGGACCACCACCUCUUUGUCAAGAUCUCUGCUCCCUACCAGAACUCAAAGCAGGAGCCGCUAUAUAGCGACAUGCGAGUUGUUGCACAGACGCUUAUGCUCCAUGGACCUGACAUGGUCGUUUUUGGUACGGACUGGCCUCAUACCGCGAGCAAGGAGGGUAAUGGACCAGGCGGGCCGUUGGUGCCUUCUGACUAUCGGGAUAUUGAUGAUGCGGAAAUCUUGGAACAGACGCUAGAGUGGGCGGGCACGCAAGAGCAGGUACAGAGGUUGUUUGUGGAUAAUCCGCGGAGGCUGUGGGGGUGGACUGAUCCUGAUGCUUAG